GGUCCAACUCAAUUAUCAAUAUCAAGAUUCAAGAAAUGCUCUAGUUACCCUUCAAGAAAGAUAAUUGUUUAUUGGUGAAUGUAAAUAAAAACAAACCAUGGGUCUAUGCAAAUGCCCUAAAAGGAGAGUAACCAACCAAUUCUGUUUUGAACACAGGGUAAAUGUUUGCGAGUAUUGUAUGGUCACAAACCAUCCAAAGUGCAUAAUACAAUCCUAUCUUCAAUGGUUGCAAGACAGUGAUUACAAUCCUAUAUGUGAAAUUUGCACGAAAAGUUUAGCUGAUGGCGAAUGCAUACGUCUCACUUGCUAUCAUGUAUUCCACUGGGAAUGCGCAGAGUCUCGCUACCGUGCGCUCCCUCGCACCACGGCACCGGCCGGUUAUCAAUGUCCCUCCUGUGCCACUCCUGUGUUUCCACCCCCCAACCUUGUGUCACCUGUUGCUGAUGUAUUGAAGGAAAAAUUGGCUGGAGUUAAUUGGGCCAGAGCAGGUCUUGGUCUACCAUUACUUUCAGAAGAACAAGAUUUAAAAGGAGCAUCCUCGCGACGCAGCCAGUCACCCAUGGAACAGUCCCAUUAUUUUACUAACAGCACUGUAGAUUCACAGAGAGAAGCUCCAGUAGGGGCAAGCGAUGAUGAAGCUGUAAAUCGCUCAGCUACAAGCUCACCACAUUCCAUUGUUCAGAUAACAGAUGAUCCUGUCAAUAUCUAUGACAGUACAUCGAUGAAGAGAAAUGAUAAUUUACAAGGGGCUCAAAUGCCCAGGAAGGGUUAUAAAUCUGAUGAGCAUUCCAAACCAUUAUUUGAUCAUGAUGAGAAUAAAUACAAACAAAAGUCAACAUUGGCUUGGUUAAGCAGAUGGUGGAAGAAUACACUGCCCUCUUCUCGCAUCAGAAGAACUGGACCUAUGUAUCGACGCUAUUGGCUUAUAUUUUUCAUUGUUCUCAUUCUACUUAUUGUGAUUGUUAUACUAAGUGAUAGAGGUAUUGAUGAUGACAAUCCAUUUGGUGGUUUGCGUGGUGAUGACAGGAGGGUGUUACAGAAAAACUAAUCUAGUUAAUUAUUUAUUUUAAUGUUUAAUAACAAUGUAUUUAAUAUAUUUAUCAUAUAAAAUCAAGCAAUUCUUAAAUGUGUAUAAAUUUGAGGCAUACAAUUAAGUUUUAAUAAAUAUCGUGCAAAAGCUGUACAACCAAUGUAAUAAAUAUUAGAAUACAAA